GUGUCUUUUGACAUCCUCGACACCAAGUUCGACAUGAUUCUAGGCAUGUCUUGGUUGCGUAGCGCCGAUCAUCCGGUGAACUUUCAUGACCGAACCGUUCACAUCCGUGAUCGGAACGGAGUGUUAGUCCCAUGUACGGUCGCAACCCCUCACACUUCGAUUGCUUGUCACGUGGUUUCCGUUGCGAGAAUUCGCGACGCCAUUGCUCGGAAUGACAUCGAGGAGAUGGGCCUUGUAUUCUUGCAUGCUCUCCCCUUGCCGGAUGGACCAGCCGCGUCACCGCCGGACCCACGCAUUUCUCACCUCUUGGAUGAGUAUAGAGACGUCUUCGAGGCUCCCAUCGGAACGGUUCCGGAUCAGCCCAUACGUCACGGGAUCACUCUCGAGGCUAGCGUCGUCCCUCCGCGUGGAUGCCUCUACCGCAUGAGCGAAGAGGAACUCGAGGUGCUUCGCGCACAACUCGAUGACCUUCUUGACAAGGGUUGGAUUCGCCCUAGUUGUUCGCACUAUGGUGCCCUUGUUCUCUUCGUCCGGAAGAAGAACAAAGAUCUACGGUUAUGCAUCGAUUAUCGUAAACUUAACGCACAAACCAUUGACAUCCAGCCUCAAGAUCGGUACAAGACCGCGUUCAAGACGCGGUACGAACAUUUUGAGUGGGUUGUCAUGCCUUUUGGCCUCACCAACGCCCCCGCGACUUUCCAAGCAGUGAUGACGACUGAGUUUCGCGACUUGCUCGAUCGCAGCGUCCUCAUCUACCUUGAUGACAUCUUGGUUUACAGUAGGACGUUGGACGAGCACAUCGUACACCUUCGCAUUGUUCUGGAUCGUUUGCGACUAGCCAAGUACAAAGCGAAUCUCGACAAGUGCGAGUUCCCCAAGCAGGAGCUUGAGUACUUGGGUCAUUUUGUCACGCCGAAAGGCAUUCGUCCCUUAGCGGACAAGAUCCAAGCCAUCGUGGAUUGGCCGGAACCCCGUUGCACGACGGAUGUACGCUCUUUUAUGGGUUUGGCUGGAUAUUAUCAGCAAUUAAUCGAGUCAUACUCGAAAGUGGCCGCUCCUUUGUCGAGACUUCAGUCCCCUAAGGUGCCCUUCGAGUUCGACGACGCAGCCCGUGGCGCGUUCACUACGUUGAAGGCAGCAAUGCAAGCCCCACAUGCCCUCCGUAUAUAUGACCCCACCCUUCCCACCCAAGUGACUACGGACGCUUCGGGAUACGGUAUCGGUGCGGUGUUGGAACAGUGUCACGAGGACGGUUGGCAUCCGGUCGAGYACUUCUCCCAAAAGGUGCCUCUCGUAAACACUCUCGACGACGCUAGGAAGAAAGAGCUACUCGCGUUCGUCACCGUUCUCAAACGGUGGCGCCACUUUCUUCUCGGCCGUCGACGUUUUAAAUGGAAUACGGAUAACAAUCCGUUGACCUUUUACAAAACGCAGGAUACGGUCACUAGCACGAUCGGUCGACGGAUGUAUUACAUCGACCAGUUCGACUUUGACCCGUGCCACAUUCUCGGUCCCGCCAAUCGAGCUGCGGACGCCCUCUCACGACGGCCCGACUUUUGUGCCAUAGUGACCACGACAUUCGACCUCGAUGACGAUCUGCAGCCGCAUUUCGUCAAAGGCUACAAGUCCGAUCCGACUUACUCUACGCUUUACGCGGAGCUUUCAUCGGAUCACCCGCUGGCUAGCCACUAUCGGAUUUUCGACGGGUUCCUUCUCCUUCACGCGAGAGGAAAGGACUUGUUAGUUGUGCCCCAAGAUUGCAUCUUACGGACUCGUCUUCUCGGCGAAUUCCACGAGGCACGACUUUCGGCACACCUUGGCGUGAACCGCACAUUAGCACGCCUCCGGCGGCGUUUUCACUGGCCCGACGUCCUUCAUGACGUUACGAGGUACAUUGAGUCAUGUGCAGUUUGCCACCGUAACAAGGGUCGAUCUCGAGUCCCCUUCGGCGAACUGAAACCGUUGCCGAUUCCUCGGGCACCGCGCCUCUCCAUUGCUAUGGACGUGACAGGCCCGUUCCCCCGUGAUCGCCACGGCCAUGACGGUAUUCUCACGGUCGUUGACCGUUUGAGCAAGUAUGCUCGCUUCCUUCCUUGCAAGUAUCAUGCUGUAGCGCCUGAGCUCGCACGACUCUUGCACACCGGUUGGAUUACCAACCAGGGUGUUCCGGAAGACAUAACGGAUGGCCAGACGGAGCGAGCGCACCAGACCGCUCAGAUGAUGUUGCGUACGCUCAUCCGUCCCGACCAGAAAGAUUGGGUUGACCGGCUUCCCGACAUCGAGUUCGCCUAUAACACUUCGGUGCACCCGGCGAUCUGCGUCACACCAUUCGAGCUACAUCAUGGUGGAGAGAAAGCACGGAUCUUCGCUGAUCUCCUUUUGCCACAGGCUGCCGACAUAGACGUCCCUUGCUCUCCCGCUUCCGUUCGGAAGUACCGGGACUUGCUGAUCAAAGCCCGCGCGAAUAUGCAAAAGGCUCAGGUCCGCAUGCAGCAGCAGGCUAACCGACGUCGACUUCCAUGUCCUUUCCGCGAGGGAGACCUUGUUUGGGUCCUCUCCGAGGAAUUUGCUCUCGAGCAAGACGUUUCGCGCAAACUCCUUCCGAAAUGGUUCGGACCAUGGGAAGUCACUUCUGUCGUUGGAGACGACCCCGCAGGUCCUUCCUUUGUGGUCAACAUUCCUCCGCACCUUCCAGUGCACCGGGUCUUCCACGCGUCGAAGCUGGCCAUCUACACGCCACCUUCCGCCGACGAGUUUCCCGGCCGUCGAUCACAGGAUCCGCCUUCUAUGGACGGACAUCAGGAAGUCGACCGAGUCAUCACGCAUUGCAAGUAUGGCAACAAGCCAAUGCAGUUCAAAGUCACAUUCAAACAAUGUGCGCCUGAUGACACUCGGUGGAUCUCCAGUACAGAUUUGCAGACUUCUGGACCCCUUAUCUUCGCCAACUAUGAGAAGCGACGCCUUGCUAAGGAAGCAGCUCAGAAGGCCGGAGGGGUAGAAGGAAAAGAGGGGAAGGAGGAAUGGGACCCGUUCAGUGAUGCUUUUGGAACGCAACCGAUGGAGGUAGAGUUCCUGUCUCUGCUCUCCCCACCGCCGGAGGUAGUCAAGGCAGAAAACGAUCAGCAGGAUGCCCAAGGGGUGCCCCCUGCAGAUAUGGAUGUCGAUCAUAAGUUGAGGGCGGUGGCAGAUUUCGCUGCUGGAGAUCAUGAGGGCCAGGGAAACACCGUCGUCGGGCCCAGGGAAUCGCUGGAUUUGUUGUCCAGCGGUAGCCCAGUGCGAAUCGGGCUCCGCGCGGCUCCGCUCCACGAGGGGAGGACGAGAAGCAGGAUGAGGUGCGGGAGAAGGAACGAGAAAAGGACCAAGAGGAGCGGGAGGAGGGGGAGUACGAAGGGGGAGGAUGAGGGGGRGGAUGAGGGGGAGGAGGAGCGGGAGGAGGAGCAGGAGGAGGAGCGGCGGUUCCGGGGAAAGCUCGGAAGGAUGACCGGGAGGAGGAGGAGGACGAGAGGAAGAGAAGAAGGAGGUGCGGGAGAAGGAGCAGGAGAAGGAGCGGGAGAAGGAGCGGGAGAAGGAGCGGGAGAAGGAGUGGGAGGAGCGGGUGGAGGAGGGGGAGGAGAAGCGGGAGGAGCGGGAGGAGCGGGAGGAGGAGCGGGAGGAGGAGCGGGAGGAGGAGGAGGAGGAGCGGGAGGAGUGGUAGGAGAAGGAGCGGCUGAAAACGGGGAGGGGGAGCUAACGAACGCGCCUAUGCUCGACCUUUCACAACUCCGCCUCUUCGAUGAGCAAGACUCGGAGGGCGCAGACCCGCUGCGUAGCCUACCGUGUGAACUAGUAGUGGAGCCAGGCCCCAUGCGUCUUCAGUGUGACCCGCCGGUCGCGCCCGCCUUCCUGUGGGUCCUGUGGGUCCAGGGAGAAACAGAAGCGGGUGCUGCUGCUACCGAGUGCUUGGGCGUGCUUGCGAUAGUCGAGUUUGAGAGAGUCGAGCUGAAGCGGAGGGAAAGCGGAGGGCGAAUCUGGUGGGAUGGUGGCGGGGAACAGUGGCUCGAGCGCGCGCGAAGCUCCAUUCCGUCUUCAGAGCCGGACUCCUCCGUUGCGCGGCAGUGUUCCAGUAGCUUGACGAUGCAUGCUCUCACGUCGGGAUCCGAUCGGCUUGCCGGAGUCGCUCACUGUCGCGGGAAGGGUGGGGUGUGGACAAAAGAAGCAAAAGAGGAAGAGGAAGACAAGAUGGAAAGCUCAUCGACGAUUGCUUCUUCUUCGGACAAAGAAUGUGGCUCCGACGAGCCGGAGCGCAAGAGGCGGCAUGCCAAUAACAGUGUAUUUUCUCCUCCUCUCAAAAAGAUGACCAUAUCGACGACGCACGACGAUAAGAAGGUCGAUCCGGGGAUGCUUGCGUACCAAAACCGGAAGUUGUCGGAGCAACUCGCUUUGCAGAGGGAGGAGAUAAACUCCUACGAGGGCAAGCUGAGAGAACUUCAGGCGAAACAGUCCCGAUACGAUGACGUACUCAUGGUAGUGAACCGAGCGUGGGAUUUCCUGGUCCGUGACUUGGAGCUGCUGGCGAUUCGGGCAAAUGGGGGCGAACGGGGAGGGAGUAACGGAAUGGUUAGGGUAUUGGAGAAAUCGCAGGAGAUGGAAGAAGAAGAAGAGGAGGGAAAAGGAGGAGGAGGACGAGGAGAGGGAGGAGAAGGUGGGGCCGGGUCGGGAGGAGUAGACUCAGUGCCACCGGAGGAUACGUUCUUGUAUCGUCUAAUAGGGAGAGAGAAAUGGCGCGAAAGGAAGGCAGAUGGCGCGGGAUGUGGUGGCGGGAAUUCUGUGGAUAAGGACAGAGGAGGCAGCAGCUUAUCGUCGCAAUCGGAUAAGGAGAGUCUAAGCUAUGUGGAGAACGCUCUCGGAGCUCGCAGAGAAGCCACGAAGAAGACGCUUGAGCUGGUCGUCGAGGCCAUUGAAGCGAACAGGCGGCACAACGAGGAGUUGGCAUCAUCCUUAAGACGCGGGUUGUCAGAUGAGAACGAGGCUUGCCGCCUGCUGAAGGCCAGCGAUGCGGAUGUGCGCGCGGAACUAGCUUCCGUCCGAGCGGCGAUGGAUUCCUUGCACGUCCAGCAUCGCGAGAUUGCGGCGGAGAAUGGCGAGCUGUGCGACCUCCGUGCAAAGGACCUGUGUGAAGUGAGGCGGCUGAAGGCGGAGCUCGACAAUACCGUGACGGAAUUGGAGAACGCGAGGAGGAAGUUGGCAGCAGUGAAGAGCCAGAAAGAGCGUUCAUCGGCGGGAAGCGGAAGUUUGCCCACUUUGAUAGGAGUUGGCGGCGGAGCAGGAGGAUUAGGGUCCGCGUCAUUGCCAGGGACUGUGAAGAAUGAAAGUGGGGCUGGAGGAGGAGGAGGGGGGGGAGGAGGAGGAGGAGGAGGAGGAGGAGGAGGAGAGAAGUCAGGGGUCUCGGCGGCUCUGGAGAAGAGAAUCACAGAGCUGGAGGCGAUGGUGGAAGAGAAGGAGAAACUGGCCGCGAGCCGUAUGAAAGAGUUGGAAGACGCACAUGCCACUCAAAUCAGCUUGUCGCAACAACUACGGCACGUGCAGUCUACUCUGAAUGACGAGCAACACGUUCUGGGGACCCGGCCGUACCUGAUGCUGAAGGACCAGCUGCAGGGCACCAACGUGGAGCUGGAAAGAUUCCGAGUAAUCAUCGAGCAGAUGCAACGUGAAAGAGAUAUGAUGCUGCAGAGGGAGAAGGAGAUGCUGUUCAAGGCAGAGGCGGGGGACACUGCGCGCCGAGUGAAUCAAAUCACGGAGGCGCGGUGUGGGGAUCUGGAGGUUAAGCUGCAGCAGUGCGUGUCGGACAGAGACGCUCUGCAGCGUCGACUGGAAGAGGAGGCUCAGGCCACGGGCAGGAAAGAGACCAUCUCCGAGUUGAAGGUCAUGAUCAGCACUCUUCACAAGGAGCUGAACAUGGUCCAGUCGCAAUUAUCCAAGUUCAAGGAGACGGCGCGAGAGGUCUACGGUUUGCGCGCGGAGGUGCAGGCGAUGAGCUCGACCGUGGAGAGGAAGCGGCAGGAGUGCGCGGAGCUGGCGGAGAAGUGCGCCACGCAGGCUGUGGAACUGUCGCGCAUAAGAGAAGAGGUGAAGGCUCUGAGAGACAGCGAGCAGGAGGUAAGGUUUUUCGUGGACAUGUACGAGAGGGAAUCGACGGACACGCGGGAGGUCGCGGAGGUCAAGCAGGCGGAGAAGAGAGCGCUGGCGCAAGUGGAGAGGCUCAAGGCGGCGCUAGACGAGCAUAGCCUAGAGCUGCGCGUGAAGGCGGCCAACGAGGCGGAGGCGGCGUGCCAGCAACGGCUCGCCGCGUCCGAAGCCGAAGUUGCGAAUCUGAGGCAGGCAUUAGACAGCUUGGACAGGGAGCUGGCCUCUCUUAGGGAACAGCUGAAUGAGAAGAACGAGGAGGGGGAGGCGUAUAUCUCCGAGAUUGAGACCAUCGGCCAGGCCUACGAGGAGAUGCAGAGUCAGAAUCAACGUCUUCUUCGGCAAAUCUCGGAACGUGACGAAUACAACACCCAGUUGAUGUCGGAGAGUGUGAAGGCGAAGCAGCUGCAAUCUUCGUUGUUGGCGGAGAAGGAGGCGAUGACGAGCAAGGUGAGGCACGCGACGGCGUCGGCGGAUCUGUAUAAGAAGAGAGUGGGGAGGCUGGAGGAGCAGCUGAAGGCUUACACAGAGCAGUUAGCGAAGGCGACGGAGGAAAUGAGGCAGUACGGAAAUGCAUUGGACGUAGCGAAGAGGAGGACGGCGGAGCUGGAGAGAGAAGCGGCCAUGGCGAGAGCGGCUUUCGAGGCGGCACAGAGAGAGCUCGAAGAUCGGUCGAAGAAGAUUCAGGAGGACGGUGUGGAAUUGGAAAAAGAGAGGUUCAAGAGGAAGCGAGUGGAGGAAGAGUGCGAGAUGCUCAGCGCUAAGAUAGCCCGGCUGACAUCGCACCAUGAUAGAGUCGCCACCGUCGAGCAGUUGCAAGAGGAAAUCAGGGCCUACAAGGCGAUUCUCAAAUGUAGCGUGUGCCACGACAGGCCCAAGGAGGUGGUCAUCACCAAAUGCUUUCAUCUGUUUUGCAGCCAGUGCAUUCAGCGCAAUCUGGAGCUAAGGCACCGGAAAUGCCCAGGGUGCGGGGUUACGUUUGGCCAGAACGAUGUCCGCAACGUGUACAUAUAGAGUCUGUUCUUUUUUUCUUCUACGUUUUCAAGUCACCUAACAUUUUUUUCUUCUGCCCUCUCCCUUCUUGUCUGUGUCCUAUGGGCGGCAGAGCAUGGCAAGGCAAGGCAAUGCAUGUUUUCGUGUCGUUCACCCAUCCCCCCGUUGGCUGGCGGAGCGACGGUGUGUGCUAAGCGGCCGGUUUGACAGGUUCGUGUGGGCACGGAGCUUGCGAGUCUUCGUGUCCUCCUGGCGGGAGAGAGAGAGAGAGAGAGAGAGAGAGAGAGAGAGAGAGAGAGAGAGAGAGAGAGAGAGAGAGAGAGAUGGGAGUUCGUGGCAAUAGGGUGCACGCAAAGAGGAGUGUUUUGGAACGAGCUGUGGGAGUGGUGUCUUGUGGCCUGAGAAGAAAGAACGGGAGGUUGGGUGUCUGGAUGAAGAGCUGAAGAGGAUGAUGGGGAAGCGUUUCAGGAGGACGGCAGGAUGUAGGGCUUAUGAUGAGAAGACAGAACGGGAGGUCCAAUGCAAGGAAGAGCAUGGUUCUUUAGAAAGUGAAAUAAAUUGAAAAGAGUGAA